GAUGGGAUGAGCUUUUCUCUCCUCAGAGUUUUCUUGGGGAAGCUCUGCAAAUGAAUCACACAAACGAUGAUGAAAACGUCUCAUUGUCCUGAGUACGUGUCCAGAAGACGUGUCUCGAGCGCUACGUCAUGGUCGGUGUAGGGCCUAAGGUAGCCGCUGUUGGUGCAGGUCGACCACGCCGAGCAUACCACACCAAGACCAAGACUGGCUGUCGCACCUGUAGGGUCCGUAAAGUGCGCUGCGAUGAAGGCAAACCCGACUGUGUGCGUUGUACCUCCACUGGCCGGACGUGCGACGGUUACGCUUCCUUCUCACCUUCUUCACCCGCUUCAUCGUCAAUAUCCAAAUCGCCCUCUCCUUCACAGGGCCAUGAGCCACCUAAUGCCACCGCCGAUCUCAAGCUGAUCCUACCACGGCAAAGUCCUCAAGAGGUUCGCAGCUAUCGGUACUUCAUUGAAGUCACGGCUCCGUCCCUCGCCGGUGCUUUUUAUGCCGACUUCUGGCUUGCCGACGUUCCACGCGUCUGCAUGUCUGAUGCAGCCAUAUGGCAUGCCGUGGUUAGCCUUGGUUCUGCCCAUGAGGACUUUGCACAACAUGGCUGCGCGUCCGGGAGCGAGUUUACACUCAGGCAGUUCAACUCCUCUAUCCGAUGUCUCACCGAGUCGCGAUCGCCUAGAUUUACAGAUCGCUGGAGAGCCCUUACCAUCAGUACCAUCUUUACGUACAUAUGCACCAUCAAAGGAUUGCAUGAUCAAACGCAGAUGCAUCUUCAGGCAGGACGCAACCUCCUUCGGGAGCUUCAGGAAGAUGGCUUGAGGGUAACAACUGCUGCAAACCAAAGUCGACUUCGAGAUUCUGCACCACCGACAACCUCAAUCACAUCAAUUCCCAUAUCACUCGCUCCGAUACAGUCUAUUCUGGUCAACCUGGAGCUGCAGGCAAAUGCACUCGAUCAGGGUGGCAUUGUCGAUAACCCGGUUUUGCUCGCGCAGAACAAGUUACUCAAUACAUGGCGCUCUUAUGCGGCGCCUCAGUCCUCGGCUCGCCCGACUACAGAGAACGUUAAACAAGCUCAUCGUGCUGCCGAGUCGCUGUUUUUUGGACUGGUUUUGUCUUCUCAAGAACAUGCAAAGCAGCUUGGUGAUCUUCGAAUUGGCAAGGCCGGGCUGGAUGUGCUAUCUCGUCUAGUUGUGCGACAAGAGGCUCAUACGAGAUGCUUCAGAGAGAUUGGCAAAGCAAUCGACAUCUUCCAAAAAGAUGUGGAUUCACCUCCUAACACCCCAGGGCAUGUCAACCGAUUGAAAGAGCACACAAUCCUUCCGGUGCGCCUCUUCCAUACCACCAACCGCAUCCUUCUAAUUCAAGACCCAGAUGAGCAUGACUUGGUGCAGCGCCAACGGAGCCUCCCUGCCUUGUUUGCCUCUGUAGUCGACCUCGCUGAGCAAAUCCUGGAUCUUGAUCCCGUCAAGACCCUUGGAGUAACAUAUACGCAACAACUCUUCUUAGUCGCUCAUAGUGGCAUCGGCCAGUCAAUCCGCCGGCGUGCCGUAGCUUUGCUGCGGCGCCCAAGGCUGGAAGAUGGUUGGGAUAGUCGCAUCUCUGCACGUCUUGCCGAGGCGGUCAUGGACAGAGAGAUGGAGGCAGCGUGGGAAUAUGAGAUGGAGCAAGGCCUGAGUGCAGGGAAGGUGGGAGAGCAAGAGGAGGAUGUCGACCCAAUGUUUCGCAUAUACAAUUUGACUUUUUCUUUUACGGGAAGGCGAGAGGGGCGGACUGUCCUGAGGACGUGGCGGGAGAAGCUGAACAAUAUUGCUGGGAAAGAAAAGACAAUCUGUUGGUGAUGAUAUAAAUGAAUUGAAGGCUCAUAACUCAUAGUAGACAGAAGCUGUCUACCACUGUUUUGGAAUCGCUUACGGGGUGGGUAGUUUAUGGAUGGCUAAACAUAUUAUUGAAAUAUGCCGUGCACUUACUUACAACUUCGUGUAUUCGCGAGUAUCGUCCUUCAACAUCGAGUAUUUGGUCCCGACUCAGCGUUACAGUUUUGAAUAGUUUAGUAGUGGUUGUGAAAGGUACAUUUCGUGCGACAGAUUUUAGGCCUUGCACAUCCUGCCAUCAAUAGCCACAUUCCAUUGCUCACUUCCAAC